CCAGCCAGCCAACAAGAACGAGCGUGCAUCCACCGAUCGAGAGGACGCGGCCAUGUCGACGUCCGCGACCAUGUCCAUGUCGGGGAAGGCGAGCGACCCGGGCUCCGCGUGGUUCGCCACGGGCAGCAGGAGCCCGGCGCCGGCGCACAACGUGCGGCUCAUCGCCACCGCCGUCGCCGUCUUCGCCUCCGUGCUCGGCCUCGCCCUGCUCCUGCACCUCUACAUCUGCCACGUCCGCCGCCGCAACAGCAGGCGCCGCACCGCGGCUGCGGCCGCCGCCCUGGCGGCUGAGCCCAAGGCGCCCAAGACCGGGCUGGAGCCGGCCGCCAUCGCGUCGCUGCCGAUCGCCGCGUACCAGGAGGCCGGGGGCGAGCCGGGCGAGUGCGCCAUCUGCCUUGGCGCGGCCCAGCAGGGCGAAGCGGUGCGCGUGCUGCCGUCCUGCGCACACGUCUUCCACGUCGACUGCGUCGACACGUGGCUCGCCUCCAGCUCGUCCUGCCCCGUCUGCCGCGCCCUGGUGGAGCCGCCGCCGCCACCGCCGUCCUCGGCAGCCGCGGCAGGCUCGGUACUGCAUGAGAGGCCGGCCUUGGUGAAGGAGGACGUUGGCACCUCGGGGUCGCCAUGUGGGCUGGGCGCGUCGCUGAUGAAGAUGCUGAGCAGGGAGAGGCCGGCGGCGCCUCGGAGGCCCCUGCAGGGUGACCAUGUGGAAAUGCGUCUGGAGGACUUGGAGAGUCAGCUGCCACAGCAGCAACACUCUGUGAAUAGCAAUUAGUCUCUACCUUUUUUUUUUUUUGUUUCUUGUCAUUCGUUGCUUGAUUUCUACGUCUUGCACACGAAUGAUGAAUUCAGGAGUGGGAAUUCCACUCCUGAAGUCAAGUUUGCAGCCCUGCAUGGAGCUCACCCGUAUCCCUCGUAUUUCUGCAAAGAAGGGAUCUAUAGUGGAUAAUAUUAAGAGCUCUGUUUGCCUUUCUGUAGCCAUGGUGCUUUUGUCCCGUUGAGGAUAUUGUUAUGAACGGGCCGGCACGUUUGAACAUUGAACGAAGAAAAAUUCCCCAA